AUGGCGGCCUGGGUGCUGCUGCGGGCGGCACGGGCGGCGCUGCCGGGCACGGCCCGCGGCUACGCCAAGAAGCCGGCUAUGAAGUCCAAGGGCAAGACCGUGCCGAAGGAGGGGCUGCAGGCGCCGGAGGUGUGCACGGACCCCGCCAUGCUCACCACCUACGCCAUGGGGGUCAAUUACUUCAAGGACGGGCCGGAGGUAGCCCUGAAGCCCGACUCCGAAUACCCUGACUGGCUCUUCAAGAUCCACCUCGGUCCUCCCAAGAAGCUGGAGGAGCUGGACCCCGACUCAAUUGAGUAUUGGAGGCGCUUGCGGAAGUACAACACAUGGCACCGCAACAGGUUGAAGAAGGGCAAGAAGCUGUAG